CGUUAACUACGUUCAGGGGCAUCAACAUGAAGCUCACCGUGGUCUGUGUACUUGUGGCCUUUGUUGUCCUGCAAUAUGUGGAAACUGGAGAUGCUUGCCUGGAAAUUAUUGAAAAAGCCCUAGGAAUUGAGCCUUGUCAUCAAGGUGGCAAGAGGGAGCACCGCAAUCCUAAACGACCUCACAGGGAACCGAACAGGCCCAAUAGGCAACCCAACAGGCGACCCAACAGGCAACCCAACAGGCAACCCAACAGGCAACCCAAUAGAAAAACCAACAGGCGACCCAAUAGACAACCCGACAGGCAACCAUUCGCCACCUUGCUCAGAAAAUACUACACCAUGUUCAGAGAUCCCUCCUCCAUGCUCAGAGAACACAACUCCAUGUCCAGAGAUCCCCCCUCCAUGCUCAGAAAAUACAACUCCAUGUUCAGAGAUCCCCCCUCCAUGCUCAGAAAAUACUACACCAUGUCCAGAGAUCCCUCCUCCAUGCUCAGAGAACACAACUCCAUGUCCAGAGAUCCCACCUCCAUGUUCAGAGAACACAACCCCUUGUGGAGAAAACCCUCCUCCACCUUGUGA